ACAGAGAAAGUGCAAGAAAGAAAGAAAGGAAAAAAGUGAGAGAGAGAGAAAAAAAUGGCUGUGGAAGAUACCCCAAAAUCUAGCAUCACCGACGACCAAAUCAGCAAUAACCCUAGGGUUCUCGACGACAACGACGACCUCGAAGACGGAGAGAUCCUCGACGACGACGAUUCCUCCGCCACUUCCAAGCCUCCGGCAACCCUUGUCCGGCAACCUCAUCACCCUCUCGAGAAUUCAUGGACUUUCUGGUUCGAUAACCCUUCAGCCAAGACCAAGCAAGCUGCUUGGGGCAGUUCAAUCCGACCCAUCUACACCUUCUCCACCGUUGAGCAGUUUUGGAGCAUUUAUAAUAACUUACACCAUCCAAGCAAGUUGGCUGUGGGAGCAGACUUCCAUUGUUUCAAGGAUAAGAUUGAGCCAAAAUGGGAGCACCCCAUCUGCGCUAAUGGUGGGAAAUGGACUGUUACCUUUUCUAGGGGAAAAUCUGAUACCAGUUGGUUAUACACGUUGUUGGCAAUGAUUGGAGAACAAUUUGAUCACGGAGAUGAAAUUUGCGGAGCAGUUGUGAAUGUCAGAGGUAGGCAGGAAAAAAUUGCUCUUUGGACUAAGAACGCUACAAAUGAACCUGCUCAGGUGAGCAUUGGAAAACAGUGGAAGGAGUUUCUUGAUUAUAAUGAGACCAUUGGCUUUAUAUUUCAUGACGAUGCAAAGAAGUUUGACAAACAGGCUAAAAAUAAAUACGCCAUAUGAACGGUAUAGCGUUCAUAACUGGUGGCAAGUGUAGGAUGCAAAGAUGCCUUGUCUUACCUCCAACAUCCAACAUGUAGCUGAGCAGCAUUCAAAGCAUUUUUCAUCUCUCAUCUUCCCUUGUUUUACAGAUUUGUGUACGGAUAAUUUUCCUGACUGGAAGAUGUUUUAUCAAUAAUAUAGUGAUUUAGCUAAUUGAUUAUCUACCAUAGUUUUAGAUGACUGGGAUAUAAUUUCUACUUCAUUUUCCUCUUUCCUUUUAGCCAUUAAAAUCUAAUGUAUGGAAGUGAUUACCCUAGAAAUGACU